CUAUAUGUAUAUUCAACACACCCACAAGGUCUAGAUAAAACUCUCAGCUUCCUUCUUUACAAACACAAAAGACACAGGGACUGAGAGAGUAGUAGGGGUGACCAUAUUCAGAGAACACAAAAAACACUAACACUAGAUAGAGAGAGAGAGAGAGAUGGCCACCGCAAAGUUGAGUUUUACAAAACUUGUAGUGUUGGCUUUAGCAGCAGCAGUACUGGUAGAGUUCUCGGCUGCUGCAGCAUACAUCGUCGGAGACACCAUGGGUUGGGUCAACCCUUCCAGCGACGCCACCGUUUAUUCCAAAUGGGCUUCCCAACAUACCUUUGCCACCGGUGACAUUUUAGUGUUCAACUAUGCUACUGGACAACAUAAUGUGGCUAGAGUUUCAAAGAAUGCUUAUGAUACAUGCAAUCCCACCUCUCCCAUGUCUAUUGAUACCAAUGGUCCAACAAACAUCAAUCUCAACACCACUGGCGAAUACUACUUCUUCUGCACCGUCGGCACCCACUGUACCCAGGGCCAGAAGCUAGCCAUCAAUGUCACUUCUCCCACCACCGCCCCCUCUGGUGCCCCUUCAUCUCCUCCAACAACUUCUCCUUCUCCCGCAUCUCCGCCACCAUCCCCCACCGCAUCUCCGCCAUCACCCACUGCAUCUCCGCCGCCAUCCACCACUGCACCUCCGCCAUCACCCACUGCAUCUCCGCCGCCAUCCACCACUGCACCUCCACCAUCAUCCACUGCAUCUCCGCCACCACCCUCCGCUCCUUCGCCUGGAUCACCUGGCACGUCAGCCUCUCCGCCCCCACCACCAGCGUCCUCCGCCCCACCAACGGCGGUUGCUGCUUUUGCCGUGGUCUUGAUGUCCAUUGCCAUUGGUGUGAUGUGUUAAUGAUUUUUUUGGUUGACACACGACGAAUUUAUAUGGCACGGCCAUUCUUUUUAGUGUACUAUUAAUUAUCGUAUUGGUUGAAUGAUUUGUGUUAGUAUUCAGAUUGAAUAAAGAUGGUUGUUUGAUUUUCAGAUGAAAAUUUGAUGGAUUUAUAUAAUUUAUGUAUGUUUAGAGUAGUGUAAUUUCAUUAUUUUCUGUAACCCAUAUUGUCUUUCUCAAAUAAAAAGUUACAAUUUAGUUGUA